UGGUCUGGCUUCAAAGCCUUCAUAGGGCUGGCAGAGGGAGUAGGAGAAGGAUUGGGUUUUGAGUCUGCCCAGGGGCCAAAAGAUCUGAAGGAAGGGACUGAAUGGAAAGCACCCAGACAGGCCCAGAGUUGCUUGGUUGCAGGACUAGGCGAGACUCCGAGGAGGAAGAGGAGAACACUGGGGCUGCUUGAGUGCUUUUAUGGCCAAGAUGUCGAGCAAGAUGUCAAGCGGCAGUGACAUUGGGCAGGCACGCAGGGCGGUGGAGCAGCUGCGGAUGGAGGCGGGUAUAGACCGGGUCAAGGUAUCCAAGGCAGCUGGCGAGCUGCUGCAGUUCUGCCUGGAGCAUGCGAAGAGCGACCCCUUCCUCAUGGGCAUCCCUGCAGCCAUCAACCCCUUCAAGGAGAAGAAGCCCUGCACCAUUCUGUGAGGGACAGGACCCCCCUGCCCUUCCUCCUCGCCCGUGGCAGCCUCGCCCCAACCCGCUAACACCGUAUGAUAGAUCGGGGCUCAGUUCCCUCCUCCUCCCACCCCCACAAAACCUGUUAGGUCUGCAUUAAAGUCAGCUUCA